AUGGCCCGUCGCAAGGCGUCUGGCGGCAGCUCGGCCCAAUCGGCCAAGAGGCCAAGGGUAUCAGGAGCAGCGGGAGACGAGGAGAAGGAGGUGGUGAUGGUGGAGCGAAGAACGCAGCCAGAGGGAGAAGAAGCGGAAGAAGAAGCGGAAGCAGAAGCGGAAGCGGCAGCAGAUGCUGACCCUCCACGACGACGCAGCAACCCGCGGCGAACGGCGGCGAUAGCGGCAGCAGCCGCCACAGCAGAAGCAGCAGCAGCAGAGGCGGCGACAGCAGCAGUGCCGUCGGCCGACGAGAUCCACGAGCGGGCGUUUGCGCGCAUCACGACGGCCGAGCGUGACGCCUGGCAGGGCUGGACGGACAUUGAGUCAGAGCCGGCUUUUUUCAACUUUAUCCUGGGCGAGCUCGGCAUCCAGGGCGCCACCAUCCAGGAGGUGUUUUCGGUGGACGAGGCCUCGGCCGACUAUCUUCCGAACCCCGGCGGGCUCAUCUUUCUGUACCGGUUUGUCGAAGAGGCCGAGGAGGACGUGCGGGAAGACUGUCCGGACGAGCUCUGGUUUGCCAACCAGACCACGUCCAACGCCUGCGCCACCAUCGCCAUGCUCAACAUCGCCAUGAAUUGCCCCGGUCUCCGGCUGGGCGACGUCCUGACUCGCUUCAAGGCGGCCACCCAGCACCUACACCCGGCUCUGCGCGGCCACCUGCUGAGCUCCCAUGCGCUGAUCCGGUCUAAGCACAACUCGUUUGCAAGACGUCUGGACAUGCUGACGUCCGACAUUGCCCUGAAGCACGAGUGGACCGAGGCGGAGCGGAAGCGGCGGCGAGCCCGGGCCAGGAAGAGCAGCAGCCGAAGCGGCAGCAUCGGGAAUGAAAACGGCAACACCAAGAAAAAGAUCUCCGCCGACGACGACGAGGCCGCCUUCCACUUCAUCGCGUACGUGCCCAUGGGCCAGGACGUGUGGGAGCUCAACGGGAUGCAGAACAAGGGACUGCGGCUCGGCUCCUUCACCCGCGACUGGACCGCCAUGGCUCGCGAGCGCAUCGCCGCCCGCAUGCUGGCCUACUCCCAGUACGAUGACCGCGCCGUGUUCAGCCUGCUGGCGCUGUGCCAGACCGGCGUCGGGCCUGACGGCGGACCCGACCGCAGCCUGGACGAGGACGUUGCCCGGGCCGCGGCACGUCGCAGCGACUACACGCCGGCCGUGCACAGCUGGAUCAAGAAGCUGGCCGACAAGGGCGUGCUGCGGCGACUGGCCACGGGCGAGGCCGAGGAGAGGGGGGAGUGA